UGUUGGUCCGUAUUUUUGGAGGCGUGGUAGCUGAUGUCACCAAGCGGUGGGGGAGAGCGUGGAGCAGCACUAUUUGGAAGUGUUCGUACAGCAAAACCUCUUCGAGCGAUUGAAUCUGAAGACAGUGCCAAAGGAUCGAUACGGAAAGAGAACGAGUUGCAAGAUAGCUGAACCCCUGAUAAAGUGUAAUAGUCGAUGUUGAGGAGUUAAGGCUACAAAACCCACACUCCUUAUCUGCAUCUCUUUCACUGAGAAUGGGUGGGGCAACCUAUAAAUUCAGGCAGAGUUAGGGUAGGUGCGGGGCCUGAAACUGUAUUGUGGUUUUGACAAACCAGUUUCGCAACGAACAGUUGUGGACAUAUCUCUGGGUGGCUCCGGGAGACUAGACGGAAAGACAAAUCGCUUACGGGCUGUGGCAAGUUCAGGUUGCUACGACUAACCUUGGUCUAAAGCAGUUAUAUUCCUUAUCUGAGGCACAAACCUAUUGCCAAGAUGCCGGUCUUCCAUACAAAGACUAUAGAGAGCAUCCUGGAGCCAGUGGCCCAGCAAAUAUCGCAUUUGGUUAUUAUGCAUGAAGAAGGCGAAGUGGAUGGCAAAGCAAUACCUGAGCUCACUGCUCCCGUAGCUGCUGUGCAAGCGGCUGUCAGCAAUCUGGUGCGGGUUGGUAAAGAAACUGUUCAGACCACUGAGGAUCAGAUCAUGAAGCGAGAUAUGCCUCCUGCAUUCAUCAAGGUGGAAAAUGCCUGUGCAAAGCUUGUUCAGGCAGCCCAGAUGCUGAAUGCUGAUCCAUACUCUGUACCAGCUCGUGAUUACCUUAUUGAUGGGUCUAGAGGAAUCUUGUCGGGCACUUCAGAUCUUCUCCUAACAUUUGAUGAAGCAGAGGUGAGAAAAAUUAUCCGAGUGUGCAAAGGCAUCCUGGAAUAUCUGACUGUUGCUGAAGUGGUAGAGAGCAUGGAAGAUCUUGUCACUUACACUAAGAACUUAGGUCCUGGGAUGACUAAGAUGGCAAAGAUGAUUGAUGAGCGCCAGCAGGAAUUAACCCAUCAAGAACACCGUGUGAUGCUUGUAAAUUCCAUGAACACUGUGAAAGAUCUUCUGCCAGUCCUCAUUUCUGCAAUGAAGAUAUUUGUGACUACUAAAAGUUCGCGUAGUCAAGGAAUUGAAGAGGCUUUAAAGAACCGCAACUUUACAGUUGAAAAAAUGAGUGCAGAAAUUAACGAGAUCAUUAGAGUAUUGCAACUCACUUCUUGGGAUGAAGAUGCAUGGGCCAGUAAGGACACUGAGGCCAUGAAGAGAGCAUUGGCCCUGAUUGAUUCUAAAAUAAACCAAGCCAAGGGUUGGCUUAGAGAUCCUAAUGCUCCUCCAGGUGAUGCUGGAGAACAAGCUGUGCGCCAGAUACUAGAUGAAGCUGGAAAGGUUGGUGAGCUUUGUGCUGGGACAGAGCGAAAAGACAUCCUGGGAACCUGUAGAACUCUAGGGCAAAUGACUGAUCAAGUGUCUGACCUAAGAUCUAGAGGGCAAGGUGCUACUCCAAUUGCCAUGCAAAAAGCUCAGCAGGUGUCUCAGGGCUUGGAUGUCCUCACAUCAAAAGUAAAGAAUGCAGCUCAUAAGCUAGAAGCACUGACUAAUUCAAAGCAGGCUAUUGGCAAGAAGAUUGAUGCAGCUCAGAGUUGGCUGGCAGAUCCAAAUGGAGGCCCAGAAGGAGAGGAAAAUAUCCGCACUAUCCUUGCUGAGGCUAAGAAGAUUGCAGACCUGUGUGAAGACCCCAAAGAUAAAGAGGAUAUUUUACGUUCACUGGGAGAGAUAGCAGCGCUCACUGCAAAGCUCACUGAUCUCCGACGACAGGGAAAAGGAGACUCUCCUGAAGCUCGUGCUUUGGCCAAACAGAUUGCAACUUCAUUACAGAAUCUGCAGACCAAGGUGAAUCGCGCUGUGGCCAACAGCCGCCCUGUGAAGGCUGCUGUAAACAUGGAUGGAAAGGUGGAACAAGCCCAACGCUGGAUAGAUAACCCAAGCGUAGAUGACCGGGGCGUUGGUCAGGCAGCCAUUCGGAGUUUGGUGGCAGAAGGUCGCAGAUUAGCAAAUUCUAUGACUGGGCCGUUCCGCCAGGACAUGAUUGCAAAAUGUGACCGUGUGGAGCAGCUGGCAGGGCAGCUGGCAGAACUUGCAUUACGUGGUGAGGGGGACACACCACUGGCUCAGGCUGUAGCAGCUCAGCUCCAGGAAGCACUGAAGGAUCUAAAGGGGAAAAUGCAGGAAGCAAUGACUCAAGAAGUGUCUGAUGUUUUCAGUGACACAACAACACCAAUUAAACUCUUAGCAGUUGCAGCAACAUCACCUCCUGAUGCCCCCAACAGAGAUGAGGUUUUUGAAGAAAGGGCUGCAAACUUUGAGAACCACUCAGCCCGUCUGGGAGCUACUGCUGAGAAGGCAGCUGCUGUAGGAUCAGCUAAUAAAGCCACUGUGGAGGGAAUACAAGCUGCUGUGAAAUCGGCAAGGGAGCUAACCCCCCAGGUUGUUUCUGCUGCUCGAAUCCUACUCCGGAACCCAGGUAAUCAAGCCGCCUAUGAGCACUUUGAAACCAUGAAGAAUCAGUGGAUUGACAAUGUGGAAAAAAUGACUGGCUUAGUAGAUGAAGCAAUUGACACCCGGUCUCUUUUGGAUGCUUCUGAAGAAGCUAUUAAAAAAGAUAUAGAUAAGUGUAAAGUUGCCAUGGCUAAUAUGCAGCCACAGAUGCUAGUCGCUGGAGCUACUAGUAUUGCUCGCCGCGCUAAUCGCAUUUUGCUGGUGGCAAAGAGAGAAAUGGAAAACUCUGAAGAUCCCAAGUUCCGUGAUACUGUAAAGAAUGCUUCAGAUGAGCUCAGUAAGACCAUCUCCCCCAUGGUGAUGGAAGCUAAAGCAGUUGCUGGAAAUAUAUCUAAUCCUGCCUUACAAAAGGGAUUCUUAGAUUCUGGAUACAGAAUUUUGGGUGCUGUGGCUAAGGUGAGGGAAGCUUUCCAGCCUCCAGAGCCAGAAUUUCCACCACCACCACCUGAUCUGGACCAGCUUCGGCUCUCUGAUGAUGCAGCACCUCCAAAGCCACCUUUGCCAGAAGGAGAAGUUCCACCCCCCAGACCACCACCACCUGAUGAGAAGGAUGAGGAAUUUCCAGAGCAGAAGGUGGGGGAGGUGGUGAAUCAACCAAUGAUGGUCGCUGCAAGGCAACUGCAUGACGAGGCUCGAAAGUGGUCCAGCAAGUCGCCUGGAAACUAUGACUAUCCUGCUCCACAGGGUAGAGAAGCCGUUAUAUCUGAGGUAGAGCAGGCGCAAGAGGAGGAGGAGGAGGAGGCGUCAGUGGAAUUCGCCCUCUCCUCUGAUAUUGAAGAUGAUUAUGAGCCAGAGCUGCUCUUAGUGCCUGAGGGGCAACCUGUAAACCAGCCAAUGCUGGCUGCUGCUCAGUCUUUGCAUCGGGAAGCUACAAAAUGGUCCAGUAAGGGUAAUGAUAUAAUUGCAGCUGCAAAACGCAUGGCUUUACUUAUGGCAGAAAUGUCACGACUUGUCAGAGGGGGCAGUGGUAAUAAGAGAGCUCUGAUCCAGUGUGCUAAGGACAUUGCAAAAGCCUCAGAUGAAGUGACAAAGCUGGCUAAAGAAGUGGCUAAGCAGUGUACAGACAAAAGGAUACGAACAAACUUGCUUCAGGUAUGUGAGAGGAUUCCAACUAUCAGCACACAGCUGAAAAUUCUAAGUACAGUCAAAGCCACUAUGCUGGGAAGAACCAAUAUAAGUGAUGAAGAGUCUGAACAGGCAACAGAAAUGCUUGUCCAUAAUGCACAAAACCUGAUGCAGUCCGUGAAAGAAACUGUGAGAGAGGCUGAAGCCGCUUCUAUUAAAAUACGGACAGAUGCUGGGUUUACACUGCGCUGGGCCCGAAAAACUCCAUGGUACCAGUAAUUUCUGGAAAUACUUCGGCCACCUUCCCCACUAUGUAAAGCACACCUUAGACACUAUAAGAAGAUUAUAUCAUCAUGUACCAAAAUUAAUUUUUUAAGUGGGCCUUAACAUCACUUUUGUGUAUUUUUUUUUUCUCUAGCCAUAUCUUGCCUUUUGGCUAGUCUGAAUUAUCUACCCGUUUUUUAUGGGUUGCAAUAUAAAUUACAUCCUGAAAAUAAAUUUGUAACAGUUCACGUUUGUUUACAUUAUAAUAUACUUUACCUGUGGGGGGAAACUUGUCCUUUUAGAAUGUUAGGACUCUUGAUCUGCUUUUCAAGACUGAAUAUUGCUUAACACACAGCACUGACUUCAUAUUUUGCACAGCACAGUCUAAGGCAUCACUUCCAGCUUUGCAACACUAAAAUAUUUUAUCUGUGGCCUAAGCAUUUACUUUAAAUCUUGGUGCUUCCUUUGUACUUCAGGACAGUUUAAACUAUGCAGAAAAGCAUCAAUUAUAUUAAUUAUAUAUCUGUCAUUAUAUUUCCUUACUGGCUAUUGAAAUGCAUUGCCAUGCAGUAUUCACGUAAUCUACAUACUGCCUGUACCAGUUAAGACUUUUUAUUAAAUUACCCCUUUAAUAUAUUAACCCAGGACAACCAAUAAGAUAUUUGUUCUUAGACAGAUGACCUGUAAUGGUACUUGAUUGGUUGCUAUGGGUUUCUAGUUACUAGAAAGUAGUAAAGACCAUUAUUACAUUACCCUCUUAGUUACAAGCCCAAAGAAUAUUACAGAAAGCCACACAGAACCUGUAGGUACUUGCUGGCUACAGCAGCACAGUUCAUGUGACUGUUAAAGGUAACAUAAGUUCAAUGCCUGUUGUCAAAGAAGAAGAAGAUACUGUAAUUAUGUUAAUUCUGAAGGUUUAGAAGGCUGUGCAUAAAAAGACUGCAGAGAGUUUAUAUAAUUGCUUAAGUAUGUUUUCAAACAAAAGUUACAAAACUUAAAACACCCAAAUAUUAUUAGAGAGUAGAUGAAUCAGAAGCAUUACUCUGCAUGUGCCAGUGUUCAUUUCAAGGUUAUACUGAAUGUACUAAAUAUAUAAUUCUAAAAAACUGUUUUCAUAGACUGUUUAAUAGUCCUAAAUAAACUGAAUUGUGCCUGAAUAUUUCAUAUAUGUUGUAUUAACCAUGCUAUGAUUUGGAGGUUUACAAUCUGCAUAAUACCUCUGCAAUUUUAAUUUAAUGAGUGCACUGAGAUCAGUGAUUAGCAGUAGUUAUUGUCUUCUGUUUUGAGACAUGAUUAACUUAUCACACUGUUUAUUUAGUGAGUGAAUGCCUAGAAAAUAUAAAUUGGGAAUAACUUUUUUUAAUCAAGAAGGCACUUGAUUAGAAUGGUAAGCUUUAUCAGUUUACCUGUAAUUUUCUUGAUCUUUUUUGAUAUGCAAUAUUAAUUGCUGAAUUUUUCAUGUCUUGAUAGAACCAUUUUCCAAUUGCAUUGGUUAAUAAAACUUUGUUCCCACAGAACGUGGAGAAUUGGAUUAGUAAUGCUUCCAAGCUUGCCUUUUUUAAGAAUAGUUAUUCAGUUUGGAGAAAAUGCAUCUGUUUACCUAUUUUUUCAUUUGUUUAGUACAUUUUAAUCCAUCAAGAUUUUGCUAAAUAUACCUACACUGAAAUUUGAUAUAACAUCACAUAUAGGAUGGGUGAAUCGAAUUGCUUAAGGUCAUAAUGACAUCAGGCAUACACUAGCCUGUUUGUCUUGGUAGAUGUGUUUAAAAUGCCAAUAAUGCCUUUAAUAAAAGCUACACUUACUGAGGGUGCCAAUUUGUUAGAAACUAAUUGCUGACCUUGAUUUCCAGUGCUCCUCUUCUUAAAAAAUUGCAUCUGUCUGGGGAAAUAUUUCUGCAGGAAGGACUGCCAAUAUCUUUCCCCAGUUUCUUAGGCAUCUGAUCUUUUCUCAAAGAAUUCUAUAUUGGUCACAUACAAAGCCUGAAGCCUAAUGUUGGGAAUGCCUGGGAAGUUGAGAAAAUAUAAUGGUAGAAAACAACUCCUGCCCUGAGGAGGAGUACCAGCCCAUGGUUAGUAAGUCAGUGGUGGGGUACCUAACAAAUUUGGCAACCUUGGUGCUGAGGUUUUCCUUGUCCUUUAACCUAUGAACACUUACAAUUUAUACCAAAGAUAUUUUUUCUCUUUUAUUGUAGAGCCACCCAAGUUAAUAUUAUGCAUAUUUAGUUAAUUGUGGGGUGCCAUAUUUGUAGUCAACACUCAUAGAUGCUGCCCAUCUAAAGGUGUCCAUUCCAACUGGCAUGUCCUCUGCUUUCAGAGGUACACAGUCCAAGGAUUGGCUACUUGUUUUGACAGCAUUGGUUUCAUCGGGGUUGUCAAGGCUUCUUGCUUGUGUGGGCCACAUACUUGUAAACACAAAUAUUCCUUCAAGUACUAUAACAUAUUAUCAUUUAACUGCUCUGUUAAUAUGUAGUGGGCUCUAAUCCUUCUCUAAAGGCAAUAAUAAAAGUAUGCAAAUUAA